AUGCUGUCCCACGACAAAAGUACGACGGAUCUGAUAUUGCGUGAGAUAAGCUUCUUGAAACAAUUAAGUGGACAUCCAAAUAUCAUGGAGUUUGUCGGUGCCGCUACUAUAGGGAGAGAUAAGCAAAAAGUAGUGGGCACAGAGUUUCUCAUAGCUACAGAAUUCUGUCGGGGUGGCCAACUAUCUGAUUACUUACCUGUACCGCAUCAAGAUCGUCCUCUGCCACCAAACGCAAUCAUCCAAAUAAUGCACCAAACUUGUCGCGCGGUUCAACACAUGCACAGUCAGAAUCCGCCAAUCAUGCACCGCGAUUUAAAGAUAGAGAAUCUUUUGAUAUCAGAAAAAUUCGUCAUCAAGUUGUGCGAUUUUGGCAGUGCGAGCACAGUGACAUACAAUCCGGACGCUUCAUGGAGUGCUCUAAAACGAGGCACAGUACAAGAAGAGUUGGAAAAGUUUACUACACCGAUGUAUCGUGCCCCAGAAAUGUUGGAUCUGUACCAAAACUACCCAAUUGGUCCUCCUUCGGAUGUGUGGGCACUGGGCUGUAUUUUGUUCUAUCUCACCUGCACGUUCCAUCCGUUUGAAGAGUCGGCCAAAUUAGCCAUACUAAAUGCCAAGUACAACUUGCCAGCAGGCAGUUCCGACCACACUUGCUUCCAUAGCCUAAUACGUCAAAUGUUGUUGUUGGAUCCUCGUCAGCGUCCGUCUGUGACGGAGGUGCUUGGGGAACUGUCUGAACUAGCUUCGAUGCGUGAAAUCCGUGUCAGUGGACCGGUCUCCUUGUUGGCUGAAAUGAACAAGCGACGCGGUGGAGUAAAUCCCGUCACAUCAACUAACCCCGCCCCGUCCACACCAUGUAAGUCCUCACCCAAAUUUCUGUAA